UUCCGGUUCCGGUUGCGCACGGAAGUUGUCUCUAGUUUGCUGUGUAAUUGCUGCUGGGUCUUUUUAUCUGUCCGUGCCGCUGUGGUAGCUGUCCUGUCACAAUGCCGGACUACUUGGGAGCUGACCAACGCAAGACAAAGGAGGAGGAGAAAGAGGAUAAACCUAUACGAGCUCUGGAUGAAGGGGAUAUUGCUCUGCUGAAGACCUAUGGGCAAAGCACAUAUUCCCGGCAAAUUAAGCAAGUGGAAGAUGACAUACAGCAACUUCUUAAGAAAAUAAAUGAGCUCACAGGUAUUAAGGAGUCCGACACAGGGCUUGCUCCUCCUGCUCUGUGGGAUUUGGCUGCAGAUAAACAGACCCUUCAGAGUGAGCAACCUCUUCAGGUGGCCAGAUGUACAAAGAUAAUAAAUGCUGAUUCAGAGGACCCGAAAUAUAUAAUUAAUGUAAAACAGUUUGCAAAGUUUGUGGUAGACCUCAGUGACCAGGUUGCGCCUACAGACAUAGAGGAAGGCAUGAGAGUUGGUGUGGACAGAAACAAGUACCAGAUCCAUAUCCCAUUGCCUCCAAAAAUCGAUCCCACUGUGACCAUGAUGCAGGUGGAAGAGAAACCAGAUGUUACAUAUAGUGAUGGAGGUUGCAAAGAACAGAUAGAAAAAUUACGAGAAGUUGGAACUCCAUUGCUUCAUCCAGAAAGAUUUGUUAAUCUUGGGAUUGAGCCCCCGAAAGGGGUGCUGCUGUUUGGUCCUCCCGGAACAGGAAAGACUCUUUGUGCUCGUGCCGUUGCUAACAGAACUGAUGCCUGCUUCAUCAGAGUGAUUGGCUCAGAACUGGUCCAGAAAUACGUUGGAGAAGGUGCACGAAUGGUUCGUGAAUUGUUUGAGAUGGCCAGGACAAAGAAAGCCUGCCUUAUUUUCUUUGAUGAAAUUGAUGCAAUUGGUGGUGCUCGCUUUGAUGAUGGAGCUGGGGGUGAUAAUGAAGUCCAGAGAACUAUGCUGGAACUCAUCAAUCAGUUGGAUGGAUUUGAUCCAAGAGGAAAUAUUAAAGUAUUAAUGGCCACAAACAGACCAGAUACCUUGGACCCUGCCCUCAUGAGGCCUGGAAGGCUGGACAGAAAGAUUGAAUUCAGUUUACCUGAUCUUGAGGGACGGACACACAUAUUUAAAAUUCAUGCCCGGUCAAUGAGUGUAGAACGAGAUAUCAGAUUUGAGCUGCUGGCCCGUUUGUGUCCAAACAGCACAGGUGCUGAGAUCCGCAGUGUGUGCACUGAGGCGGGAAUGUUUGCAAUCAGAGCACGUCGCAAAGUGGCAACGGAGAAGGACUUCUUGGAAGCUGUAAACAAGGUUAUCAAAUCAUACGCAAAAUUCAGUGCUACACCCAGAUACAUGACUUAUAAUUAAACUUGACGUGAAAACUCAUUGACAGACCACAAUUUCUGUCCUAGUGGCUACGGCCUAAUGUAGCGUACAAAAUAUUUCCUUUACCUAUGUUAUGUGAUUGGGGUAUUGUGUAUUUGAAAUAACAUCUGAAAUAAUUUUUCUGUUGUCAACCGAUAAAAAUAAAUAAAUAAAAGACAUCUUAUGCUGUCAAAUAAUUUUAUUUUGAUCUGAGAAGUUGUCCAUCAUCUUAGCAAACAUAUCUAUGAAGGCAAAUUCACUUGUAGUAUAACAUAAAAAUAUAUAUCUAGAAAAAUAGACUAUUUAACAUACACUAACAUUUUUCAAAUAAUUCAGUAAACACAAUAUUUAGAACAUUUUGUAAAAUGUCUUCAGCACUUUCAGAUGUAAAUGUAACUGGCUGCGUGUGUGACUGAACUGAUGGUAGUAUGUAAAGCCUACAGUUUAUAAUAGAAUUGUAGCUACACGGUCCUUGCUUUUUAAAUAAGAAAACACCAGUGCUGCUAAUGACACAGUGCUUGUCAGUAUAACAUUUCUUUGUGCUAUAAGAUCAUGAUAAAGUCAUGUUGUUAAUGAUUAUACCAUAAGGACACAGGUAAUGCAGAAAGUUGUAACUGAAAACAAGCAUUGACCUCCUAAAUCUUCAUUUUUCUAAAAUUAAUUGACUGUAUUGAGAAUCCAUUCUUGGCCUAAUUAUUUCCAAUUGUAAAUGUGGAAUAGAUUAUAAGACCUAUUUGAUGAUAAUACUGUAUCUUCUACCUUUAAAUUGACUGUUGACCAUUGUAAACUUCUACCCAAGGAUGGAGGGCUACACGUAAUGUUAAACAUGCAGAGACUUCCUGUUAACAAUUGCCCAGAUUUACUAAUGUGUUUGCAGCUAAAAUCUGUCUAAAAAGUGGCACCAUUUGGCGUAACCAUGGUUUCUACCCUUUUUUUUCCGACUUGCUCGAAAAGGGGGCAGGGACGAUGAUGCAACAUGUCGUGCCACAAUUCUGGCAUAAAUUGUUUCUCAAAUUAAGCCAACCAAUAGUUGGUAUAGAAUUAGCCAAAGAUGUCUA